AUGUCUUCCAACCACCAUACAGACGCUGCUGAUGAGGCAGCCUACCUACAGGCAUUAAAUGUUGAUGUGCAAGACCAGGAUCAGUUACAACGAGAUGUUGCACAAAAGGCCGACAAGUUGCUGGCUGAAAAGGCCGAGGAGAACGAGACCAAACGCCUUGAUAAGGCCUUGACCGAGAAAAACCGAACAGAUGCCCAGAUUCGGCAGAUCGAACGUCGCCUGGCCCAGCCCGUCGGCACCGCCACCCAACAGCGCCUCCAGACUGAGCUUGGCCGCCUCAUGUUGCGUCAGACUGAGUUGAUCAGGGAUGUACAGGAUAUUCAGAAAAGAAUUGAUGGCCAGAAGGAAAUUCAACAAGCGGCUUCCUCCAGCCAUGGGUCCGGUCGGCUGGUGAACGAGUCCCGGCGCGACUUCCUCCUGCGAACAGGUCAGAUUACCCCGUUCGACCAAAUCAGCACUGCUGUGUCGGAAGGACCCGCUGCAGGCCUGCGUGAUGUUCUUGCGGGCGCGGAGGAUGAGCAGAUGGUCGAGGAAGAGCGAGCGCAAGCCCGUCACGAUGCCUCCCACCGCAACCUUGUCCGUCCUGGCCAUGACUUUGACGAGCCCAGCGAAAUCCGCCACGUCGAGAUUAGUUCAAAGCGCCGCAAGGUGGAAUCUAGCCCUUCGCCUCUCAGCUCAACGCCUAAAUCAACACCAAUCCGACAGAAAACCCCCAAGACUCGCCGCUCCCUCUCCCCCGCGUCAUCCACAAGCUAUAUUGCCUCUGACCCGAGUGUCAAAUCCGAAGAUGACGAGUACAUGCCUGAUACCCUACCCGAGACGAAAUCGACUACAAAGCGCAAGCGAGGCUUAGAAUUUAAGACCGCAAAAGAUGAUCUAGAAGACCUCAGUGGUGUGGACGACGGCAACGAGUCUGUCUAUCAGGACCGUUUGACACUGUGGACAAAGACCCGCAGUGAGGCUCGUCGACGCGAGCAGCCUGAUUAUCAAGAUGAUCCAGCCGAUCAGGAAUGGCACAAGCCACACCCCAAGUUCCCCGACCUCGAGCUUCCCAAUGGACUGAGAGUCCCGGGAGAUAUUGCCCACUACCUCUUCUCAUACCAGAAGACUGGUGUGCAAUGGCUAUGGGAACUUCACCAGCAGUCCGUUGGGGGUAUCGUGGGGGAUGAGAUGGGACUGGGUAAGACCGUGCAGGCGAUCACCUACGUUGCUGCGCUGCACCACAGCAAUAUGUACACUAAGCCUACCAUUGUUGUCUGCCCAGCAACUCUUAUGGUCCAGUGGGUCACUGAAUUCCAUAAUUGGUGGCCAGCACUGCGUGUCUCAAUCUUGCAUUCUUCUGGAAGUGGCAUGCUCAAUCUGAAGAAGGAGAAGACCCGGGAAAGUGCGCUGGCGUCAGAGAUGAUGGGCACUGGUAGUUCUCGACAGCUUUCCUCUGGUCAGAAAGCGGCUAGGAAAAUUCUUAAGCGUGUGGUCGAGGAGGGCCACGUCCUCGUGACAACCUACUCCGGCCUCCAGUCCUAUGCAGAUGAUCUGACUGGCGUUGAAUGGGGAUGCGCCAUCCUCGACGAAGGUCACAAGAUUCGCAAUCCAGACACCGGCAUUACUUUCAGCUGCAAGGAGCUACGGACGCCACAUCGCAUCAUUUUGUCUGGAACUCCCAUCCAGAACAGUCUCAUUGACCUUUGGUCGCUCUUUGAUUUUGUCUUCCCAAUGCGACUCGGCACACUUGUAACAUUCAAGGACCAGUUUGAAAUCCCCAUUCGUCUAGGUGGAUACGCGUCCGCCUCUAAUCUACAGGUACAAACAGCUGCCAGGUGUGCAGAGACCUUGAAAGAUGCGAUCACUCCAUAUCUACUCCAACGAUUCAAGACCGAUGUCGCAUCCGACCUUCCAAAGAAAACCGAGCAAGUCAUUUUUUGCAAGCUCACUCAAUACCAGCGCAGCAUGUACAAACGAUACCUCGGGUCAGAGGAUGUGCAGUCUAUUGCCAAGGGAAAGAAGAGAUCAUUUGCAGGGAUUGAUAUUAUGCGAAAAAUAUGCAACCACCCAGACCUUGUUGGUCGAGAAUUUACUCAUCAUGAAGUUGACUACGGGCGCGAAGAUCGCUCGGGUAAAAUGCAAGUUCUGAAGAGUCUGCUCGAGCUUUGGAGGGACACGGGACACAAGACUUUACUAUUUUGCCAAACUGUACAGAUGCUGGACAUUCUGGAAAAAUUCAUUCAUUCUCUCGGAGGUUUCGCUUUUCGUCGGAUGGACGGAAAGACUCCGAUCCCCAAGCGAAAUGCCAUGGUGAAUGAGUUCAAUCUUGACCCAAACCUGCACGUAUUCCUUUUAACAGCAAGGGUUGGAGGUAUCGGCAUCAAUCUCACUGGUGCCGACCGGGUCAUCAUCUACGAUCCCGAUUGGAAUCCAUCUACGGAUAUGCAAGCUUCUGAGCGCGCUUGGCGCCUUGGCCAGAAGCGCGAUGUGACUAUUUUUCGUCUUUUGAUGAAGGGUACCAUCGAAGAAAAGAUGUACCACCGUCAGAUUUUUAAACAAUUCAUGACCAACAAGAUCACCAAGGACCCACAGCAGCGUGAAAGCUUUCAGCUUAACGACCUCUAUGACCUCUUCUCGCUGACCGAGGAAAACGAUCAGGAGCUGGAAACAGCUCAGCUGUUCAAGAAUGCAGAGGUGACAUUUCAAGAAGAAAAUAAAUCGACGCCAAAGUCCAGCUUUCCUUCCCGAAAGCGUCCCAGUGCUAAUAAUGUCCUCCUCAAGCCCAAGCCUGAGACUAUCAAAUCAGAGGAGGAACCCGAAGACCUUAGCAAGCUUCAGGGAAUCGCAAAUGUUGAGGAAUACCGAGCUACAUCUGGGAUCAAGGAAGAAGAUUCUGCUGAUGGUACAGGCACAGACCAGAGUGAAGGAAACAAGGAGACAGAAGAUCGACUGAUGCACAGUAUCUUUUCGCGGUCGGGUGUCCACGCUGCACUUGAGCACGACCAAAUUGUGAAUGGCAAACGGGCUGUACAAGCCGAUGCCCGGAUGGUUGAUGCCGAAGCUCGCCGUUUCGCAAGCCAAGGCGCCGCCGCGCUCCGCAGGGCCGAAGAAGCUGCUCGUUCCGUCCCUAUUGGACUUCCCACCUGGACCGGUCAAUACGGUGUCGCCGGCCGUGACUUGGGUGGAAGCUCGGCGCGCCGGGCUCGAGGAGGCCCUUCCUCCGCUUCCAUUCUCACGAAGCUCAAUCCUGGUGCGGCGGUGAACACCCAGGCCGGCCCUUCUAGCUCGACGCCAGGUUACAUGCCCCGUGGCAAAGAGUUCGAGUCAAUGAUCCGAGACUAUUUCAGAUCACACCGUUGCGCCAUUACCUCAGCGCUGCUCAUCCGCGACUUUGAGCAAUACUGUCCGACUGAGCAGCGUCAGGAAGAGUUUAAGACUGCUUUGAAACAAGUAGCCGAGAUUGGUCCAUCCAAGACGAGUGGCCGUAAGAUUUGGACCUUGAAAGCAGAGAAGACGGGAUCCCCACGUCCCCAAACUUAA